AUGAUCGUGUGGCCUGGGAGAGCCUCUCAGGUAAGCAGCCAAUGGGAAUGCCCGGAUGUCCUGAAGUGGCUCCACAUUCGCAGUGCAGCAGGAGCUGUGGACCAGGAUGCAGGAAACGCGCCCAGCAAGGGGCGGCUGCCUGCUGCUAUUUUUGUGUCAGACGUGGAGCAGUGUGUGAAGUGUCCUGAAGAUCAGUAUUCAAACAUUGCGAGAGAUGGUUGCCUUCACAAAGUGGUGACUUUCCUGUCGCCCAAAGAACCGUUGGGGAUGAUCCUGGUCUGCAUGACCCUCUCCUUCUUUCUCCUCACAGCCCUGGUUUUAGGAGUCUUCAUUAAGUACGGAGACACCCCCAUAGUCCGAGCCAAUAACCUCAAUCUCAGCUACACCCUCCUCAUCCUCAAACUUUGCUUCCUCUGUGCCCUGACCUUCACUGGCCAACCCACCGCAGCCUCCUGCCUCCUCCGCCAAACGGCUUUUGGCGUCGUGUUCACUGUAUCCAUCUCCUCCAUUUUGCCCAAGACUGUCACCGUGAUUAUGGCCUUCAGGGCCAAGAGCUUGGGGAGCAGAGUCAGAAACUGGGUGGGGCCCAGAGCCUCCAUCUCAAUAAUCCUGUCCUGCUCCCUGGUCCAGGUAACCAUCUGUGUGAUCUGGUUGGGCACCGCUCCCCCAUUCCCGGAGAUGAACAUACACACUGAGCCCGGACUCAUUAUCAUAGAGUGUAACGAGGGCUCCGUGAUUGCCAUCUACUGUGUCCUGGGCUACCUGGGCUUUCUGGCCCUGGUGAGCUUCACUGUAGCUUUCCUGGCCAGGAGGCUGCCCGACAGCUUCAAUGAAGCCAAGUUCAUCACGUUUGGCAUGCUGGUGUUCUGCAGCGUCUGGGCCUCCUUCCUCCCCGCAUACCAGGACACCAAGGGGAAGGCCACAGUGACCACAGAGAUCUUCUCCAUCCUGGCCUCCGGUGCCGGGCUUCUUGGCUGCAUCUUCAUCCCAAAGUGCUAUGUCAUCCUGCUGCAGCCUGACAGGAACACCCGGGAGUGGUUGAAGAGAGGAAAUGAUCCCUGGGACAUUAGUUCAGGGAUGAUAUGUUUAUUGCUUAACAUUUUUCUCUAUCCCAGUUUUCUUACAAUGGCAGGACCAAAGGAGAGAGAAAUCCAGCCAGGGAUAUCCAGAAGGGAAUCCCUGGCCAAUCCAAAUCAGAGGUCAGGCCUGGGUGCUCCCAUGGAUUAUUGGAGUGUUUGCCCCAUGGCAUUCUGGACUUUUUCCUCCUCCAGGUGGGACUCCCACAGAGUCAUCUGCCAUCACCUGCUGGUUGUGCGGGAGACCACAUCACUAAUACUCAACCUUCACAGCAUCGGUAAAAUCCUCCCUUACAUCUCCAUCCAAAAUUCUACCACAGUUCAUCCUUACAUGCUUUAA